AUGACCGUGCCGCGCCUGGCCGACUUGCGGAGUGAGGGGAGACACUCCUUGCUGAAGCAGGCAGCUGCCGCCCACUCUUCUCUGAGGAGAAAGCUGGCACGCCUCCACCUGACGAGGCAGUGUUUCCUGGAGGGACGCGGACAGGUCCCAAGAUGGCGCAGCCCCACUAUUCCCACCCACUGGUGGAAUUACAAGCACACUGGUACAUUUUCAUCAAUAGCUUGCCUUUGUCAGUUUUCGGUGGCGGGGCGUGUGGGAAGGCGUGGCGGCUGGAGGGCGUGUGAAGGGCACCCACUCCUGCUUAUAACCCGCCGCCUGCUACCACGCCUUCACACUCCUGUUCCUGAUCUUCCUGCAGAACGACGAGAUGCGUGGCGCCGUGCUGACCCUAGCCGUGGUGGCCUCCUGCUGGGCCAUGGCUGCAAGCACCCCAUUCCUUGGCCUCAAGUCCUUGAUCGGUAUCAAGGCGAUCGGCGGCCUCCUGGGGGGUUCGGCCACUACCACUACAAGAGUCUGGGAUUCUUACACCUAGUCGGCAAGCGGUCGGUGGACCAGCAGCAGCAGCAGGAGGCCCCUGAGAUACUGUCCAUGGUGGCCCAGCUGGACCCCCAGGGGUGCCUGCUCAAGCUGCUGUGCCACCUGGAGGCCAAGGAGGCCGAGGCACUCAGCCGCCACGAGGUCAUCCUGGCUGGACUGUUCCGCGACGCCAGCGACGCCGCCACGCCCUCCAGCGCCGCCUUCACCUACGCCGUCGGGAUCGGCAACAAGAGCCGCGACGCCGCCGUGUGCGACAAGGUGUUCAGCAAGUGUCCCCUCAAGUACUCGCAGCUGUCCGCCGUGCUGGAGGAGUCCUGGGCCUGCCCCAUCGGAGACGCCCUCCAGAACUAGGGCAGCCUGAAUGUCUGGAGCCUGCCUGGCUAGCUGGCUGGCUGGUUGGCUGGCUGGCUGACUGGCUGGCUGGUUGGCUGGCUGGCUGGCUGACUGACUGUCUGGUUGGGUGAUUGGAUGACUGUCUGGUUGGCUGCCUGCCUGGCUGGCUGGGUGGCUGACUGGCUACCUGGCCGAAAGGGAUGCUGGCUGACUGGCUCACUGGCUGGCUGUCUACCUGGCUGCCUGGCCGACUGGAGGGCUGAUGACUGACUGGCUGGCUGGCCGACUGGCUGCUUGUCUGACAGGCUGCCUGGCUGACUGACGGAUUGACUGUCUGGUGGCUCACUGGCUGGCUGGCUAACUAACCUUGGCUCAACUGAAUGAUUCACCACUUGUCAUUUACCUGCCCUGUUUACCUGCCACUAAACACACACACACACACACACACAUACACACACACCUCACCACCAUACAUGCUUCGUGUUCCUCCUGAAUAACAAUAAAACAAAAUAGAACAUC